AUGGCCGCCCCGAUGCGCAAUCCAAAGGAUUCGAUGAAGUCCACCUGGCGAACCUGGGAUCGCUCGCAGUGGAACUACGGCCACUGGCUUCUGGAAUAUCUAAAUGUGCAUCAUGUCGAACUUGACCAAGAAGUCCCCGUUCAUCAGAAAACGGAAAAGGUCCCUUAUGCACCAGAGAUGCAGUUCCAUCGUUGGAUCAUCCUCCACGGCGGUCUCCCACUCCUCCUCCAUCAACUCUACAUCACCAUCUUCGGCCACCCCUCAGCCUGGCUAGCAUUUGUCUACUACAGUCUAGCCCUAGAAGCCAUCGCCGUGAAAGAAACCCACGUCCUCCGACGCAUGGGCCACAGCCUGGGCUUCUUCGACGGAGACAAACACGCCCGCGACGGCGUACCAGACGUAGGAGUGGGCAAAACUGUGCAAACGGUGCUGUCAGUGAUUAUCCUCCGGCCCAUGCUCACCGUCUUCCUGGCCUAUCGCGCCAACGAAGGCCCCUCAACGAUCCGCUGGGGCUGGCUAAUCUUCGAAACCGGGAUGUACCCUCUCGCCAUCGACUUCUGGUACUACAUCAUGCACCGCUCAGCCCACGAAACAGAAAAUCUCUGGCAAUUCCACCGCACGCACCACCUGACCAAGCACCCUGUUCCGCUGCUGACCGCAUACGCGGACACGGUGCAGGAGUUCAUUGACGUGAUCGGCACGCCGCUGCUCGCGUACAGCACGCUGAAACUACUUGGAUUCCCAAUGGGCUUCUACGAGUGGUGGAUAUGCCAGCAGUACGUGGUGUUCACAGAGAUUCUGGGACACAGUGGGUUGCGGAUGAUUGCUACGGCGGCGAAUCCGUGGACGUGGCUGCUGCGGCUGUGUGAUAUGGAGCUUGUUAUUGAGGAUCACGAUCUUCAUCAUCGCAAGGGCUGGAAGAAUAGCCAUAAUUACGGCAAGCAGACUCGGGUGUGGGAUCGGUUAUUCAAUACCUCCAUUCCUCGGAUAGAGGGGCAUAAGGAUAACAUAGAUUAUGUCAAUACAGCGGAACUUCCCUUAUUCUGA